GAAGAACUUGUCUGAUCGCUGCAAAAGAGAGACAGAGAGAGAAAGAGAGGGAGAGCCGAGUCGGAAUCCAUUAAUGGCGGCUACCACAGUUCUCGGCCGCUUGUCGUCGAUACCGAAUCUAUCUCCUAAACCAAAACCGAAACCUUACAGAAGAACAACUCCUACGAGUGUUUCUGUUCGAGCACAAGCUUCUUUCUCCGACCCAUUCGUACUUCAAUUAGCGGAAUCUCUCGAAGACUCUCUCUCAGCUUCUCCUUCUUCUUCUUCCUCGUCUUUACCUCUCCAGAGAAUCCGAGAAUCUUCCGCCGAGACUCUCUUAUCUAUUCCAUGGCCGUCGCGAAAAGACGAGCCUUUUCGAUUCACCGAUACAUCCUUCAUCCGCUACUCCCAAAUCGAACCCGUCUCGACCCAUCACUGGAAUUCGCAAAUUCUAGACAAUUUGACGGAAACCCAUCUCCCAAACGCCGUGAUAAUCGACGGGUUCGUGUCGAAUUUGACGAUUGGUCCAUCGGAUUUGCCCGACGGGGUUUACUUCGGGAGCUUCUCGGGUCUACCGGAUGAGCUCACUAACCGGGUUUCCGAAUUCAUCGGGAACUUCGAUUCCGGUGAUCUCUUCUGGUCGAUCAACGGCAUGGGAGCACCGGAUUUGACUGUGAUUUACGUUCCCGCGGGAUGUAAGGUGGAGAAUUCGAUUCAUCUGAGGUAUUUCGCCGGAGAAACUGGUGACCGGGGAUCGAAAAAGUUGCCGGUUUCGAAUCCUAGGGUUUUUGUGUUAGUGGAAGAAGGAGGAGAGAUUGGUAUAGUUGAGGAGUUUGUUGGGAAAGACGAGGAUGGUUAUUACUGGACCAAUCCGGUUUUAGAAGUUGUUGUACAGAAGAAUGCCAAAGUUAAGCAUUCCUACUUGCAGAGAGAAUCCAUGGCUGCUGCUCAUAUCAAGUGGACUUUCGUCCGUCAGGAGGCAGAGAGUGAAUAUGAGCUAGUAGAAGUGAGUACUGGUGGGAGAUUAGGGAGGCACAAUGUUCAUGUGCAGCAGCUCGGGCCCGAUACACUCACCGAGUUAACCACGUUUCACAUGUGUGUUAACGAGCAAACUCUUGAUCUCCAUAGCAGAAUUGUUCUAGACCAUCCUCGAGGCUGUUCGCGGCAGCUCCACAAGUGCAUUGUUGCUCAUUCCUCUGGUCAAGCUGUUUUCGAUGGCAACGUCCGAGUCAACAAAUAUGCUCAGCAGACAGACGCGGGACAACUAACACGGAGCCUGCUUCUGAAACCACGAGCCACCGUGAACAUUAAACCGAACCUUCAGAUCAUUGCAGACGAUGUCAAGUGCUCACACGGAGCUGCAAUCAGCGAUCUUGAAGAAGACCAGCUCUUUUAUUUCCAAGCUCGUGGGAUAGACUUGGGGACUGCAAGAAGAGCUCUCAUAUCGUCUUUUGGAUCGGAGGUGAUCGAGAAGUUUCCGAAUCGGGUAAUUCGCGACCAAGCUAGGAAUCACGUCAAGUGCUUGCUCUGAUCUCAUUUAAACGCCGGAGAAAUUUCUGUUCUUUACAUAGACGACGAUACUACUGCACCAUUUGAUUCGUUUCAUUAGUAUGCGAGGCCCAACUAUUUCAAUUUUGGCCCAUUUUAAGUAAAGAAACAACAAACAGUUGGCUUCUAUGUGAAUUAAACAGAACGUUAUGUCUACUGUGUAUUCAUAAGCAAAACGGCGUGAAUGUUUGGGAUUUA